AACUUCAGCUCAACCCAUGAAACCUCAAGUGAUCGUCACCCCAUUGAACCUUUCCCAUAUUCAAGCUACCAUUACGUGUUCUAAAAAACAUGACAUGCAAAUUAGAAUCAGAAGCGGUGGCCAUGGUUAUGAAGGUCUUUCCUACGUUUCUCCAAUCCCAUUUGUCAUUCUUGAUCCAAUUAACCUUCAAUCAAUCACCAUUGAUGCAACCAACAAAACUGCAUGGGUUCAAGUUGGUGCAACAAUAGGCAAACUUUAUUAUAGUAUUGCAGAGCAAAGUCAAAAUCUUGCUUUUCCGGCCGGUGUUUGCCCUACUGUAGGGAUUGGCGGCCACUUUAGUGGAGGAGGAUAUGGCUUGUUACUAAGAAAAUAUGGGCUCGCCGCAGAUAAUAUUAUUGAUGCUCAACUUGUUGAUGUUAAUGGAAGGAUUCUUGAUAGAGCUUCAAUGGGUGAAGAUCUUUUUUGGGCUAUUCGCGGUGGCGGUGGAAAUACUUUCGGAGUGGUUGUUGCUUGGAAAAUAAACUUAGUUGAAGUUCCUUCUACUGUCACUGUAUUUACAGUAGAAAAAACUCUAGAACAAAACGCGACUGAGAUUGUUCAUCAAUGGCAAUAUGUUGCUGAUAAGUUCAGUGAAGAUUUAUUCAUUAGGGUUAUCAUCGAAAGAGUUAAUUCCAGUAGAAAUACCACAACGAUAAGAGCCGCAUUUAAUUCUUUGUUUCUUGGCGGAGUUGACAGGCUACUUCCAUUAAUGCAAGAAAGUUUUCCUGAACUAGGGCUAGUUAAAGAAGACUGUAUUGAAAUGAGUUGGAUCGAAUCUGUUCUUUAUUUCGCUGGAUUUUCAAACUCAUCAUUAGAGAUUUUGCUUGAAAGGACUCAACCGAACGUAAGAUAUUUCAAAGCAAAAUCUGAUUAUGUUCAACAACCAAUGCCGGAAGUUGCUUUAAAGGGAAUAUGGGAAAGGCUUUUUGAAGUGGAAGUGGGUUCAGGCCAAUUGAUUUUCAGUCCUUAUGGAGGUAGAAUGAGUGAAAUAUCAGAAUCUAGCAUUCCAUUUCCACACAGAGCAGGAAAUUUAUAUAAAAUUCAACAUUUAGUGUAUUGGGAUGAUGAAGGAAUUGAAGAAUCAAAAAGGCAUAUAAGUUGGAUAAGAAGGCUUUAUAGUUUCUUGGCUCCAUAUGUUUCUAAAAAUCCAAGAUCAGCUUAUAUUAAUUAUAGGGAUCUUGAUAUUGGAAUUAACAGUAUUGGAAAUACAAGUUAUAAGCAAGCAAGUAUCUGGGGAAUUAAGUAUUUCAAGAUUAAUUUUGAUAGAUUGGUUCAUGUCAAGACUCAAGUUGAUCCUGCUAAUUUCUUCAGAAAUGAACAAAGCAUCCCAUCUCUCUCCUCUUGGUGAUCAUAGAGAUUGAUUGAACAAUAUAAUAAUGAUGUUUGUCUUCUAUGUAUUGGAAAUAUCCAUUCAUUUAUCUUUUGUAUUUAUUUUGUAAUUCUUUAAUUGUGUGGUUUUAGAUUUCAGUUUCAUGUAUAGUGUAAUAAAAUUUGAUGGUCAAAAGAAAAAAAAUAAAAUAAGUGCAUGUAAAAUAUGUAUUUUGUACAAUAAAAGUUUGCUGUGACCAUCAAUGGAUAUUAAAUUUUUAUUUUUAUAAUAAAA